AUGCCCAUCUACCCAGUACUUUCUGAGAUGCUAGGCGAUGUACGCGACACAUCCCCGACGCGCAUUAUCUGGCUGCAGAAAAAAGCAGCUGGUAUGGAAGGCAGCGAGGUCAUGGAGCGUAUCAUGGGCCUUUUUGGCCUAGAGGGAUUUAAGAAGCACUGCCUCUCGCUGUACGAGCGUAUUGUUUCGGUGCCAGCGCCACUGCGUCCGAGCGAGGCUGGCAACGUCGACAUCUUUAUCGAGGGCAGCGAAGGCGCCGGGCAGGACCUUGCUGCGCUGCGUUAUCGUGAGCUGUUGGUGUCACUGCAAGUCAUUCCUCGACCGUCUUUGAUACACUACUUUACUGAAGAACCUGCGUCUAUCGCCACCGCAUUGCAAACUGUUAAAAAGACUCUGACGCAAAAUGUCGACAGCCCGUCGAAGAAAAGUGUCGAAGAAGGUCCCAGCGGAGAUGUGAUUUCAAAGACUGUCGAACGGAUCAUACGGGGGCACAGUUAUCGAGGAGCAUGGCAGCAGUGGACAACACUCGAGUCCAGCGCCAGGAUGCUUCGCCAGCGGCGUCUUCGCCCGUACUGGACAACGACUGGGGCCAUUACUAUCUCUGCACUUGAGUCUGCCGGUCACUACUAUGGGAGCUGCCACCUUCUGGGCGAGACGCCAAGGGAAGUUCGGGCGCGCGUUAGCGAAUACGAACAGCUGAUGCAAAUGGUUGGUCUCGAUGGCGUCAAAGCAGACGUGACGGCCCUGAUAGAAAGAGAACAAUGGAAUCAGCAACAGCGUCUGGACAACAACGAGACACGGUUGUCCCGGUAUCAGAGAGCGGCGCUGCACCGUUGUUUUGUCGGACCGCCCGGAACAGGACGGCGGACAGUGGCCAAACUGUACGCACGCAUCUUGUGGCGGCUCGGACUUGUCGAGGGCAUGGAAACCGUCACACUAUCGCUAGCAUCUCUCAUCGGCCUGACGCGUCAAGCUAUUGAGCGGCACGUACACAAAGCUUUCACUGACACAAAAAAUGUCGGAGUCGUCAUUGUCGAGGACAUAUGCAUUGAUGGCCUACGCUCUGCUGUACAAGAAACGUCCAACAACGCAAAACGUGAGAAGAGUGACGAAGAGGACUCCAACGGAGACGAGCAAGACGAUGGUAGUGAUAUUGACGCCAUCCACGACAAAAUCCCUCGGCAAGCAGUACGACACAGGAAUCAUGAGAUGCGACCCUUCGUCUUCGAUCUUCUGACCAAACGCGUCAAGACGCUGGAUGUGCAGGACACGGGUCCAGUUCUCGUUCUCGUCGGCCUUGCUACACAGUCUGCAGGCGCGAAUCUUGCUCACCUCCCACUCCAAUUGACUGAUUCCAAAAGAGACAUGGACAGCUCGCAUGCAUCGAUAUCUUCGAGCCUGCGACAGCUGUUCCUGAGCACGACGCAAAUCAUUUCCCUCAAACCAUAUUCGGUUGAAGAGCUGUCGUUGUUGCUCCAACGGCGUCUCUCAAGAAAACACGGCCAACCGUGGCCAAUGAAUAAGGCCGAGUUGCGGGAUGCGAUGCGCAUUGAACGCUUGCGGCCAAGUUUCGACAACAUCUGCUUUGUUGAACGCGUGGCGCUGCACCCAAUGGGCUCCGAAACGCCUCGUGGCAGCGCGCUCGAUGACAAGCCGUCGGACGAAGGAGACAACUGGCAUCGACGCUCCGAAUCAAGCUCGUCCACGGUGCCUUCCAAAAACGAUGCGAAAAUCGCACAGCGGCCUAGCGGCCGUGCCUCUUCAAGCCCAACGGUCGGAGACCUAUUUGGGCUCGGCCCCAUUGCGGACGUAUUCGAGACCAUUGAUACCACGGCUACACAUCUAACGCAGGGCCAGCUGGAAGAUCCACGGCCUCACGUGCCAUAUCUCUUUUUAUUUUCUGGGCCUCCUGGCAGCGGCAAAACGUCAGUGCUGAACAAAGUCCUUGUGCCGCUGUACUUUACCCUUGGUUUAGUGGACAAACAGGAGAUCGUGUCAUGCAACACAUCCGAGCUCAUGUACCCGCGAUCCCAAUCAAACGUUGGCAACAGACUUGACCAUACCAAGGACAUUACACGAGUCUCCGAGGUGCACGUGAAGCGUAUGAUGGCAUUGGCAUUUGGCAAAGUACUCCAUAUCCGCGGCCACAGAACAACAGGCGACACACGGCACCUCGCCAAUGACAACGCCGAGGACCCAACAGCCUGUCGAGACAAGAUCCUGACCUACAUCACAGAGCUUUUGGAGGCGGAUAACCACCUGUGGACGCACAACCUCAUUGUUGUCUUCGAAGAGGACAGUGCCACGAGCGAGGCCAAUAAUGCUAGCGCCGCCAGCCUGGCAACCGGUCUAUUUACGCAUCUUCGUUUCCCGGCAAUCUCCACCGCCAGCGUGAUUUUGAGCAUACUCCAGAAAAAGGUCGCCACUGCGUUUAUUGAACUGCCACUCCUUUGGAAGCCAAAGCAGACCAGCACGGACUCCAAUCCAGAUGCGGUGGUAAAGAGACGGCUAGAGUCGAUGCUAGAGCAGAUUGCCCAACGACCGGCCUUCUCCGGGCGGGAACUCGACGUUUUGGCCAAGGACAUUGUGCGGUAUACUUAUAGUCAAUUGAUGCCGCACCCACUACUCGCCGACAAAACGAAAGAGGGGGACUCGAGCCGACAGCCUGACCCGAUAUGUUUGAAGGUGUCGCAUCUAAUAGAGAUUCUCUACCGAAGGUAUACCAACGCUAUACCAAUCAUGAUCUACGAUCCGCAGAAGAAACCUUACGGUCGCACGAAAGAGUCGGACUAG